AUGGUCAAAAGGCGUAGGAAGACGCGCACGCAUCUCAAGGGCCCCAACAACAGCGCGGCGAGCUCUACGAAUGCGCCCAAGUCGUUCAUCAUUCGCACGGGCAAGGUGCCGCGAGCGGUGUCGGCGUUGGUGCAGGACACGCGUAAGGUGAUGGAGCCCAACACGGCGACGCGGCUGCGCGAGAGAAACUCGAACAAGCUCAAGGACUACAUCAGCAUGGCCGGUCCGAUCGGCGUCACGCACCUGCUCAUCUUUGGUCAGACGGACGCCGGUACGAAUCUGCGCAUCCUGCGUGCGCCGCGCGGCCCGACGCUCACGUUCCGCGUCAACAAGUAUGCACUCGCCAAGGACGUGCAGGCGAGCAGCAGGCGUCCGACGCCCCCGGGAAGCGAGUUUGUCACGCCACCGCUGCUCGUGCUCAACAACUUUGGUGGCGAAGAACGUCAGAUCAAGCUGCUCGUUGCCACGUUCCAGAACCUCUUCCCGCCCAUUCAGGUGCAGUCGAUGAAGCUCAGUCAGGCACGCAGAAUCGUGCUGCUCAACUACAACGCCGCCACAGGCACGAUCGACUGGCGACACUACCUCAUCUCGGUGCGUCCCGUUGGCGUCUCCAAGAGUGUGCGUCGUGUGGUUGAAGGUUCGCGUUCCGCCUCUCGCACAGGCACCAAGCGCGGUCAUCUUCCCGACCUCUCUUCCACGCAAGACAUCUCCGACUACGUUUUGGGCCGCACCAACGGCUCUGGCAGCGUAAAUGGCGAGUUUGAGACCGACGCCUCCGAGGCCGAGUCCGAAGCCGAGGACAUCGCCGACCCGCGCAACAAGGUACAUCUGCACGACCGCUACGUCGGACGCGGCAAUGCGGCCAACACGCAGAAGGCGGUGCGUCUGCGCGAGAUUGGCCCGCGCAUGGAGCUCAAGCUGGUCAAGAUCGAAGAGGGAUGCAACGAGGGUGCGGUGCUUUUCCACGAGUACAUCAAGAAGUCGGCGCAGGAGCUGACGCAACAGCACCGCGACCACGUCGAGAAGAAGAAGCUGCAGGAGCAGCGUCGACUCGAGCAGGAGCAGAACGUCGAGCGCAAAAAGGCCGAGAAGGCCGAACUUCGCAAGUCCAGCCGUCGCAAUGCAGGUCUGGCCUCCGAGAGCGAGGCGGAAGACGAGGCGGCAGACGACGAAGCCGACGAGUCGGACGACGAAGACGAAUUUGCCUACGAGGACCAGUUUGGCGAUGCCGAGGCGAUGGACAAGGACGAGGAACUGUUCGAUGAUGACCAGGAUUCCGACAGCGACGAGGAGCAGGUCGAGGAGGAAGAGGAGAGCGACGAAGAUGACGGUGGCGUGGCAUGGAACCCCAAGCGCAGCGAGUCGGGCUACGAUAAUCCGCCCGGCAUCGAACCUCACUCGGACGAGUCUGAUCUGGAACCCAUCCCAGUCGGUGGCAUGCAGCACGACUACGGAAGCGCCGAUGAAUGGCCAGAAUACUCGGAUGACGAAGAGGAGGAGGAGCAAGCACCCAAGCCCAAGAAGUCGGCACCCACAAAGUCAGCCAAACGACCAUCUGCCGGCAAGAAGGGCCGCCGCUAG